AGUAGACUCACUAGAAGAGAGAGCUUCUCCUCCGAAUAUUUUCCUCUCCGGCAAGACAACUUGUGAACUCAAAUCGCAUUUACGUGUGAGAUCUCCGGAUCGAAGAUGUCGAGAGAUAUCGAAGAUGAAAUCAGAGACGAGAAGAACCCUCGCCCACUUGACGAAGAUGAUAUCGCUCUCCUCAAGACUUAUGGGUUAGGGCCUUACUCUGCACCGAUAAAGAAAGUAGAGAAAGAAAUCAAGGAGCUCGCCAAGAGGAUCAACGAUCUCUGCGGUAUCAAGGAGUCUGAUACUGGUUUAGCUCCUCCCAGUCAAUGGGAUCUCGUUUCUGAUAAACAGAUGAUGCAAGAGGAGCAACCUCUCCAGGUUGCUAGAUGCACAAAGAUUAUUAGUCCAAACACUGAAGACGCCAAGUACGUCAUUAAUGUCAAACAGAUUGCUAAGUUUGUCGUUGGCCUUGGUGAUAAAGUGUCUCCCACUGACAUUGAAGAAGGCAUGCGCGUUGGAGUUGAUAGGAAUAAGUAUCAGAUACAGAUUCCUCUGCCUCCCAAAAUCGAUCCUAGUGUCACCAUGAUGACUGUUGAAGAGAAACCUGAUGUUACUUACAAUGAUGUUGGUGGCUGCAAGGAGCAGAUUGAGAAGAUGCGAGAGGUCGUUGAACUGCCAAUGCUUCACCCGGAGAAGUUUGUGAAGCUUGGAAUAGAUCCUCCCAAGGGCGUUCUCUGGUACGGUCCUCCUGGUACCGGCAAAACCCUUCUCGCUAGAGCUUUUGCCAACAGAACCGAUGCUUGCUUUAUCAGGGUUAUUGGCAGGGGGCUUGUUCAGAAGUAUGUCGGCGAAGGAGCUAGGAUGGUUCGUGAACUGUUUCAGAUGGCACGGUCCAAAAAAGCUUGCAUUGUGUUCUUUGACGAAGUUGACGCCAUUGGUGGUGCUAGAUUUGAUGACGGCGUAGGAGGUGACAACGAAGUCCAGCGUACUAUGCUUGAGAUUGUGAAUCAGCUUGAUGGGUUCGACGCACGUGGUAACAUCAAGGUUCUUAUGGCAACAAACAGGCCUGACACGCUGGACCCUGCUCUUCUACGUCCUGGACGUCUUGACCGUAAGGUUGAGUUUGGUUUGCCUGAUCUGGAGAGCAGAACACAGAUCUUCAAGAUUCACACAAGAACCAUGAACUGCGAGAGAGACAUCCGUUUUGAGCUCCUUGCUCGCCUCUGCCCAAACUCAACUGGAGCUGAUAUCAGGAGUGUGUGCACUGAAGCUGGAAUGUAUGCAAUCAGAGCUAGGAGAAAGACGGUGACUGAGAAAGACUUUCUGGAUGCAGUGAACAAAGUCAUCAAAGGUUAUCAGAAGUUCAGUGCAACCCCCAAGUAUAUGGUUUACAACUAGUAAGAGAUAUAUGAAAGUAGUUUUACUUUCUUCACAAGUCUCCUUAGACUCAGAAACGCUCUCUGUCCUCUGUUUCUAUAUAUCUGCAGCAGCACUUGGUUUUGUUUGUUCCUGUGACUAUUGUUUUCUUCUGACACUUUUUAUUUUUGCAAGUCAACUUCCUAAUAAAUUAUGAAC